UAUAGUCUACUUUCCCUUGCCGACUUCCCCAUCUUUUUGAGUGUAAUUUCACCUUGCUGUUUCUUUUUCUUUUUUUAUUUUGUGUGCUCCUCAGUUAAUUAUAAAAUGGAGGAGAAUCCUCUUCAAUGUACGAUUUGUAAAAAUGAAUUCGAAGAGCCAAUACUUCUCAGUUGUCAGCAUACAACAUGUAGGAAAUGUUCAACUGGAUCACCUAGUUGCAAAUCAUGUUCUCCAAUACCAUCUACAUCAAGAAGCCAUACACCACAUCCAGACAAGUUGGCUGCCUUUUUACUAGAUGCUUCAAAGGAAGAAAUGGAAGAAUGUGCAAAUUGUGAGCAGAUCUCACUUCCCAUGUUCUACUGUGAAACUUGUCAACAAUCUUUGUGUCUAGUGUGUCGAAAUGUGACUCAUCAAGCCAGAAUGUUCUCCUCACACAAAAUCAUAAGUUCCGAUGAACGAAGUAAAGUCUACAGUUCCUCACUGUGUAAGGACCACAAUGAGCCGUAUAUCCUAUAUUGUUCGGAUGUUCGAAAACUUGUAUGUAUUCAAUGUUUUAAUGGAAGACCUCUUGAAGAAAGGCACAGCUUCAUUUCGAUUGAGCAGGGGCAUAGGUUGUGUCUGGAGCGAAUCGAGCAAUCCGCGGCAAAACUUCGAUUUUAUCAGUCAGAGCGACAAGAAGAACUGAAUGUAAGACAACGAGUUCUUGAUGAGAAUGCAUCGAAUUUUGACGAUGCGAGAGCUUCUUUGUAUCAAUUAUGCCAGCAAAUUAUUGAUACUGUAAUGACAACAAGGGAGACAUUGGCAAAAGAAUUAGUGAAACAACAGGAGCAAAGUGAUGAACAAUGUAAAAGACAAAUUAAAGAAAUCGAAGCAGUUAUGGGUCCUGUUCGUCUAUGUCUGUUUUCUGCACAAAUUCUAUGCACAACUGCAUCCAAAUUAGAUGUUCUUCAACUUUGUCCUCAACUUCAAAAGAGAAUUGGUGUUUUACUCGACAAAACUAUUGACAAACUUCCGGUAUCUUCCACUCCUGACAGUAUAGAAGUUCGUUCUGAUUUGGCAAAAGCUCUUGAGCCAUUCCUGGGAAUGUCUGCUGCUUGGUGUCCAAUUAGUGUGUCUCGAGAAGGAAGUUCGUCAAAUUCGUACAAACGUGGCUCAGGAUCUCAUAAGGCAAUUUCAAUGCUAUCCAAGUUCCAGGCAACAAUUGAUCUAGCAGGAGCUUUUGGAGAACUCUUUGGCAAAGUUGAACACCCAUUGCGACAGUUGGUCACUGCAUUGUCUUCGACUAGUCAACAAGUUCUUGAGACUCAACGAGAUUUGACCAUUCGAAGGUGUAUUAUAGAAAAAGAGGAUGUUGAGAAACUUGUCAAAACGUGCAAAAAAAUAGAGGCUGGUCUUGGAAUGCAUUCGGCAGCACUUGAUGGAAUGCAAAGUGAGAUGCAAGAGAUUUGGCAGGAACAAUUGGACCGAGUACGGCGACAACAAAUCAUUUAUCGAGAAAAAGUGGAGGAGAUUUUGAACCUACGGGAAACAGCUAGACAGAUUCUGACAGCAGCCAAACAGUUGGUACCCUAUGUAUCAUGCAUCUUAAAUAUGAACGCAAUGAUUGAUCCGAAACGUUGUCAUCCACCCGAUCCAGCUCCAAUGGAGAGUAUUUGUUUGGAAAUUACAGGAAUUGAGCCAAACAGUCAAAACCGAAUUCUGGCAAUUGAAAAAGAAGAAGAGAAUAGAAGAUUAAAUCAGGAAGCAAAGAAGAAAGAAGAGCUGGCUGGUCAAAGUGCAGUGAUGAAAACUCUGAAGCAUGGAAAAAUUAAAAGAAAGGAGAUGAACAGGAUGAUGUUGAAUACAAAUAGAGAAAGAAGUCCCGGUGGAACUGAUACUGCAUUGACGAGCCCAUGUAUAAGAAGAUUAACAACAGCUCUCAAAGAAGAAACCGCUUCCGAACUUGACGCCGAGGAGUUUCUCGACGAAAUCUUCGAGCUCAGUGGAGAACAAUAUGAUGAAGUAGUUGAUGGGACACUAACCGAGGAAGAUCGAUGCAGUUCAGCACUUUUAUUAUCUAUGGAAAUUUCAAGUGAUUCCAUUUCACCUCUUCCAUCCCUUGAACAGCUUCUUGGAAGAAUCCCACUGGCAUCUCGAGUUACCUCUAAUAUUGGAUUCAGUCGUGGAGCGAUGUUGCAAAGUUUGAACGAUGUAUUCGCAUUACAAAAACCUCCAACACCCGAGAAUAUUAGUGUGUCCGAAGAGCGUAACGUCUUGGCCUCGGCAGUCAGGAAUGCGGAAAAAAGAAAAAGUGGAGCAGGUUUGCCGACGAAUUCGGAUAAGGACGAAGUGAUUGAAAAGGAAGAAAUUGAGAAAGAAACGGAAAAAGAAAAGAAGAAAGUAAUCAGAAGAAGAGUCAAAAAAGUAUCUGAACCAUCAGAAGAAGAGGUCACAACAUUCACAUUUAAUGCACCGCCAGAUUGUCCAUUUGUCCCUCAGGAGAUAUUUGAAUCAGAUGAAAAACUAGGAACUUUUGAAGCAAAAGAACGAGUAUUACAGAGUUUGAAACAGAAAAUGAAUCAGAAAACGGAAUAGAGAAUGAUAAUCAGUGAUAACAUAUUAUUAUGUACGAUUCGAGUUAUAUUUAUAGGUCAUAUAUACAGAAACCGGUUAAUUAAUAAUCUUAAUAAAGUUUAUAUUGUAUU